AUGCCCCGUGCAGGAGCGCUCCUGAGAGCACACGCAGGGCCCUCCUGGUGGUGGCUGGCGUUUUUGCUGCUGCCAGUCAUCUCCUCCUCUUCCUCCUCUACUUCUUCAUCCUACUCCUCUUCCUCCUCCCCGACGUACCAGAGAGCGGCAGCCGGAGGGACUCGGACGGGCUUUCUGGGAAGGACGCUGGUUCUGCUGGACGUCAACACCCGCACUCCGACCCGCGUACUCAACGACAACUUUCUCUCCCUGCAACUGGACCCGUCGAUCAUCAGUGACGGCUGGCUGGCCUUCCUCAGCUCUAAACGUCUGGUGACCCUGGCGAGGGGCUUGUCUCCAGCCUUCCUCCGCUUUGGUGGCAAGCGGACCGACUUUCUGCAGUUCAACAACCACAAGAACCUGGCUAAAUACAGGGGGCCCGGACCCGACUAUUACCUGAAGAACUACGACGACGAUAUAGUGCACAGUGACAUUGCAAUGGACAAGCAAAAUGGUUGCAGAGUGGCAAACCACCCCGAUAUGAUGUUGGAGCUGCAACGAGAAAAGGCGGCCAGUACGCAUCUCGUACUGCUUAAGGAGCAAGCGUCCAACAUCUACAGCAAUGUAACGAUAACAGCCAGAUCCUUAGACAAAUUGUACAACUUUGCCGAUUGUGCUGGUCUGCAUCUGAUCCUGGGCCUCAACGCGCUGCACAGAAACCCUGACAACUCCUGGAAUACCUCUUCCACUCUCAGUCUCCUGAAGUACAGCGCUGGCAAGAAAUACAACAUCUCCUGGGAGUUGGGCAAUGAGCCCAAUGCCUACCGAAGCAUGGUGGGACGCGCCGUCAACAGCACCCAGCUGGCUCAGGACUACGCACAGCUGCGGACCCUGCUCCAGUCUGUACGCUAUUAUAACCGAGCUCAUCUUUAUGGUCCAAAUUCAGGAAGACCACGAAGGAAUGCCAUUCAGCUUCUGGAUGGAUUCUUGAAAGAUGCUGGCUCCGUUAUUGAUGCGGUUACGUGGCAACAUUAUUUCCAGGAUGGCAGAGUGAAAAAAGUGGAGGAUUUCUUAAAAACCCGUUUGUUGGAUACACUGAGAGAACAGAUAACUAAAGUUGCCAAGGUGGCGAGCACGCAUGCACCUGGUAAGAAGGUGUGGCUCGGUGGACUGGGCCCAGCGUGGUCAGGAGGCAUCAAUAAUCUCUCAGACACGUUCGCUGCUGCUUUCUUGUGGGCUAACACGCUGGGAAUGGCCGCUGUUCAGGGAAUUGAUGUUGUCUUGCGUCACUCAUUCUUUGAUUACGGAUACACGCAUCUUGUGGACCAGCACUUUAACCCUUUGCCAGAUUACUGGUUCUCCCUGGUCUUCAAGCGUCUGGUCGGGCCGAGGGUCUUAGCUGUGCGGGUUGCUGGACUGCAGAGGAAGCCGCAAACGGGACGAGUCAUACGAGACAAGCUGCGGAUCUACGCCCACUGCACAAGCUACUCAAACAUUGCAUCAACAUCAAACAUUAACAACACAUGUUGAUAUUCCCCCGUAUGGAGAUCUGAAAAUCUCAUCUUCGAUAUGGACUGAGAGGUCAUAAUCUCUCCCGCCAUCUCCCAAUUUCUUUUCUACACAACCAAACCAAUCACAACUAUGUAAGAGGCUCCAUCACGAUCUACAUCAUCAACGUCGAUCGCUCGCGGAAGAAAAUCAAGUUGGUGGGGACACUGCGGAACAAGACGAUCCAUCAAUACCUGUUGCAGCCCGACGGCAACGACGGACUCA